AUGGAUUUGGAUAAGUCUUGGAUUGAUUUGCCUCGAAAUACACAACAAUACAUGGAUGGAUUGAAUAAAUUUUUGGACUUUGCAUUUGCUAAUAAGAGCGUUGAGGGUAAGAUAAUUUGUCCAUGUCCGAAAUGCAAUCUUAACAAAUGGCAAACUCGAGGAGCAACAUAUGAACACUUAAUUCUUCAUCCUCUUCCAAAAGGGUAUACAUUUUGGCUUCUACAUGGUGAGACAAAUUAUGUACAACAUACGAUUUCAACACCUCCAAUUUUCCAAUCGAGUGAGGAUACAUGUUUUGCUAAUGAUCCCAUAUGUGGCAUGGUUGAUGAUGCAUUCGGGAAUUUUGUAAACAAUGAUGAGAAUAUGCGACCUGAAUCAAGCCACAUGAUGCCUGAUGAAAUUGCUCAGUAUAUGAAGUUUAUGCAUGAGGGACAACAAAGUUUGUAUGAAGGAUGUGACAAAUAUUCUAAACUUUCUUUCUUGCUCAAAUUGUACCAUAUCAAAUGUCUAUGCAGAAUGACUGACAAAGCAAUGUCAAUGAUAUUGGAGUUGUUAGCAGAUGCUUUUGAUUAUGCUAAAAUCCCAUCUUCAUUCUAUGAAGCUAAGAAAAUCAUUAAUAAGCUUGGCCUUCAUUACACCAAAAUUGAUGCUUGCCCAAAUGAUUGCAUGUUAUACUAUGGAGAAGAUAAAGAUAAGGAAUUUUGUAUGAAAUGCAAUGAAUCUAGAUGGAAGAAAACAAAGAAGAGCAAUAGUAUUGUUGGUGUUACUAAAAGACAAAAGAAAGUUCCAGCUAAAGUUUUAAGGUAUUUUCCAUUGAAGCCGCACUUACAACGAAUGUUUAUGUCUUCUAAAAUAGCUGAGCAUAUGCAAUGGCAUGCAUUAAGAAGUACACAUGAAGGCAUAUUAAGGCAUCCAAGUGAUUCUGAAGCAUGGAAGAACUUUGAUCUAAUGAAUCCUCAAUUUGCUUCAGACCCUCGAAAUGUCAGACUUGGUUUGGCUACUGAUGGGUUCAAUCCAUUUGGUGAUUUGAGUACAUGUCAUAGUACUUGGCCUAUUGUACUUAUACCUUACAAUCUUCCUCCUUGGAUGUGUAUGAAGCAAAGUUCAUUCAUUCUUUCCAUGAUCAUUCCUGGUAAAAGAGCACCAGGAAAUGAUAUUGAUGUAUAUUUAAGGCCAUUAAUAGAAGAAUUAAAAGAGCUAUGGAACACUGGGGUUGAAACUUUUGAUUCAGAUAAGAAAGAAGUGUUUCAUAUGCAUGCAGCUAUAUUAUGGACUAUUAGUGAUUUUCCUGGUCUUGGAACCUUAUCUGGGUGGAACACACAUACUGGGUUGGCUUGCCCUAGGUGUAAUUUUGACACAACUCCUAAGAAGAUUCAGGGGCACAAAUUUAGAUUAUGCCGCAAUCGUUUUGAUGGAAGUGUGGAAACUAGAAAUCCUCCUUUGAGAAUAUCAGGAACAAAUGUCUUACAACAAGUUCAGAAUUUUAAUAUUGUAUUUGGGAAAGAACCAGAAGUUGAGGAAUGGGGGAAAAGACAACGGAAAGGUCACCACCCUAUUGAUGGCCCUCUACAAUGGAGAAAAAAGAGUAAAAAGUCAAAGGACAACCUAAAGGCACGAAAUGACUUAAAAGAUUGGGGUGUUAGACCUGAUCUUUGGCCUGAUGCAAAUAACAAAUAUCUUCCGGCUAUAUAUACAUUGACAAAAGAAAAUAAACAUAUAUUUCUGAAAACAUUGAAGAACAUCACUGUUCCAGAUGGCUACUCAAGUAACAUCAGUAGAUGUGUUGAUGUCAAACAAUCUAAGCUUGGAGGAUUGAAAAGUCAUGAUUCUCAUGUUUUGAUGGAGCAACUUUUACCUUUGGCAAUGAGGAAAACGCUCCCUAAAGAAGUGUGCUCUGUUUUGAUUGAUCUGUGUUCCUUUUUUAAGCACUUGUGCAAUAAAGUUUUAAAAAUGGAUGAACUUAACCAAUUGCAAAAUAGAGUUGUUCUUACAUUAUGUCACAUGGAGAUGUUAUUUCCUCCUGCAUUUUUUACAGUCAUGGUUCAUUUGAUUGUGCAUUUGGUGGAAGAUGCCAAGAUUGGAGGACCUGUCCAAUAUAGGUGGAUGUAUCCCAUUGAGAGAUAUUUGGGAAAAUUGAAGUCUUAUGUGCGUAACAAGGCUCAACCAGAAGGCUCAAUAGCUAAAGGCUACCUAGCUGAAGAGUCCUUAACCUUUUGUUCUAGAUAUUUAGAUGGAAUUGAGACUAUAUUUAAUCGAAUAAGGCGUGUUGAUGACGAACCUGACACCAUGGCAUCUAGUGUAAGUGGUUUGUUUCCACCAGUUGGAAAACCAGUUGGGGGUUUUACUUACUUCUCUUUAUCAACAAAGGAAAAGUUACAAGCACAUCGUCAUAUAAAGAAUGACUUAAAUGGACCUUACUCAGAUGAUUUGAAGUUCUUAGCUAUGGGCCCAAUUGAUUGUGCAAAACGCUACAAUGCUUACAAUGUUAAUGGCUUCAAGUUUCGUACGUUAGAGAGAGAUCAUGGACUUAAAACACAAAAUAGUGGAAUAUUUGGUACUUUUGGGACAAGGAGCUAUGCAAGUAGCAUUGACAAUCAAAUGCAAUUUGGGGGUGUGCCUUAUUAUGGAAAAUUGGUAGACAUAAUUGAGAUCAACUAUAAUGGUCGAUUCUCUGUUACUUUGUUCAAAUGUAUGUGGGCUGAUACAACUACUUCUAGAGGGAUUAUAACAGAUGACUUGGGAUUUAGAUUAGUAAACUUUACACGUUUAAUACACAUUGGUGAUAAUGAUGAUGACGAACCAUACAUUCAGGCUGCAGAAGCUCAAAUGGUUUAUUAUGUAGUGGAUGAAUUAGAUAAAAAUUGGAGCAUUCCUGUGCAUUUAAAGCCACGAGACUUAUAUGACAUUGGUGGAGAUAAUGAUGUCACUUUCCAUGAAUGUGAACCAUUUGAACAACAAAAUUUGGAAACUUUAUUUCCAGAUGGAGAAGGGAAUAUACCAUUAACAAGGUCAUAG